AUGUACGGUCCUGACACGCCCUUCGCCCCGAAGCCCAGUCUGGAAAGCCUUCCGGAGCAGCCCUCGCCUGCCUUGGAGGAUGAUGACGACGCCGAAACCUCCCCUGAAAAGCGAAGCCCAGGUGUAGAUCGGGAUUGUCCAGGUCAUGUCUUCAGAUUUCUUUCGAACAGACGUGGUGUCUGGACUGUCUUGCAGGUUGAGAACAAUGACGCCGUUGAUGGGUAUCGGCACUUUAUUUCCACAGCAGAAUGGUAUUCUCUUCGCACUCCAUAUACGCAGUACUUCACAAAGAACCAUGCCGGCAACUACUUGCCUCUGGCACACUUGCUGGAAGUGGCACGCAGACCAACCUACAAAGGCCACAUCGCCGGAUUGACUUCCCUGCCAGUGGACUGCUGCACAGUCCUGGGGAUACUUGUCACUCUGGCCACAUUGCUUCCCACAGCAAGCCUGGGACCUGAUGCUCUGAUGGAGUGUUUGGGGGUCCUGCAAACAUUCGAAGAACACAUGAGCAUCAAUGACUCCAUUCCCCUGCUGCCCCACGCCCGAGUCUUCUGUGUUCAGGUGCAAGAGAACCUGAUGCCUGUGCCAGCACUGAAAGCAGCACUGCACGAGCUUGGUCUCAGUUGGGCAAGGUUUGCAAAAAAAAUCCCUGGCAAAGACACAAAUGCCACAAUGCCGCUCAGCACCUUCCUUGUCACGUGCCUGAGGAUGAGAUCCGAUAAGGAUUUCUGGAACUCCCUUGGUUUCCGUCGCCUGACAAAACGUGUCCUGCACGUUUUUGCGCAACGUGCAGAAGAGAGUCUGGAAAGGGCAACCACAGAACAAUGCCCGGACCCCAACAUUGCUCACAAGUAUCAUCCGUACAUGGCUGUGUCACGCAGGAAGGGCAACAGGUCGCUUCGCAUGAACAUGGUAAGCCGCUUCCUCUGCCGGGGUACAGGCUACGUGUCUUUGAAGGACGAAAGGUGCCUUUCGGAGCUAGAACUCGUGGCUGAGAACUCGAAUCUGGCUACCAAGACAGCCGCUGAGUUUGUGGCCCGACUUCUCCUGAAGACAGAGAGCCACGUUGCAGCUGCUCUUAGCCGUCAAGAGAUGAAGUGCCUGAACUUUUGCUUUGACGAGGCCACAGUGGCCACUGAGAAGGUCUUGUCCGUGGUGUUUAUGCUGGACGGUUGUCUUUUUCCCGGAGCCACGCAGAUGCUACCUGUGAACGUGUGUAACAAAGACGAAGCUGCAGAGGCUUCACGAAGCCUGGCUGCAGCCUUGCAGGGUCGACUGCCGCAGGACGCCACGCAGCGCACGCAGCUUCCCAAGAACGCCUUUGCUUUCCGAGAGUUUCGCAAGCCCACAAAAGACCUGCUAGCUGGAAUUGCAAACUCUCUGCAGCAAGCCAUGCCUUCCGGGUUCACCCUUCAGAGCUGCAAGCCGCCGAAUCCCUUGAAACCUGCUGGACAAGGCUGUGAAAGACAUGUCUACGACAAUAGUGAGUUGCGACUCCUACCGCAGCAGCUUCCGUCAGACGCACACUUCUUCUUUACCUGGGACUCAGAGGCCUUGGAAUCCCGCAAGGACUUCUAUGAGCACGAAAACUUCACAAGACUGGUUUUCAGUGCCGACGAAGGGACACAGGCCAUUCGUGGCCUCACAGGGGCCGCAGAUCUGCUUAAGAAGCUGGGGGUUCUCUUUCGCUUCUCGAGGGGACCAUUCAAAACAUCAAAGUUUGGCCGUUUGGUUUCAGAUGCCCGCGACCGCAUCAUCGAGCUUCUGUCAAAGGACCCCAACGCCGACUUUGCACAGAUGUUUAUACCAGGCAUGGCUAAGGAUGCGGCAGGCUUGCACAAUGGGAGUGGGAUUGCCGAGAGCAGCUUCACAGCAGCCGAUGCUUUGAGCAUGCUACGUGACCGGCAAGGCACGAGACUUCCAGAACAACUCAAGCGCCUCCUUGAAGCAUGCCUUGUCCUUGGCCACUGGCACACUGGCAAGCGGGUGCAACGACUCAUCACGAAGAAGACUCUACAGGACGCAGCUAAAGGUGCAGCCAUCCCGUAUUGUUCUGCAGACAACGACCCCGAGUCACGCACAUGGCUGGCAAGUUUGACCCUUUGCCAUCUGAGCUCCCUGUGUUCCUUGGACGCCUACCACACCUCAUUUCCUUGGAGAGCCAUUGCAUGCCUGAACGCGCAAGCCCGGGCAAGCUGUCUGGAAGACAUGCAGAAGGAAUGGCUCUUUGUGACGGAAAUUGUCGAUGUCCUCCCGAGCAAAUGUGCUUUGUACGGUCUUCUUUCUUUCACCCGCUAUCAACCGUACAGAGACAUCAUGACAAAGGGGGAGUGUGGUGCUCAGUUUCACGGGUCCUUCAGCUUCAAGUCCGAGGCCAUGGACACCGCCGCUGGGCAGGCCUUCCGACAAUGUUGCAGAUGCAUGGCUGGCCUCACUGGCCCUGGGACUUCCAGUCUACUUUGCUCGUUGCCUUCCGAAUUGUGCUUCAACGAUCUGAGAGAUGCUGGUCGAAGGCAUGCCAAAAGUGAGAAGACAAACCCGCACAACCUGCACGCUGUGGCACACAAGUCCACCCUGAAACGCCCAGCUGGUGCCGAAGUCCUGAACCUCACUGCCCAGGAUUGGCAACAGCCACUGUCGCAGAAACACAUCAAAGCUCGGGUGCACAGUGCCUUGAAGGCUACAGACACGGAGCUGGGAAUCUGCUCAGAGGGCCUCACAAAGCAUCGCACCAAUAAGAACUACACAAAGCCACACAUACUGGUGCAGAGGCUUUCCCUCAUGAAGGUCCUCAGCACUUGCUAUCAUGUGCACAUCCGGCCAGAAUUGGACAGGCAGGAUGACAGGAAGGAGGUCCUUCUCAGUGUGUUUUCAUCCAUGUGGACAAGCAAGCUGGUUCCGGAGCAUUGCUUCAUUUCCUGCCGUGCACACCAGCCCACAGAUGACACCCGCUCGCUCGUGCUCUCCUCCCGUCCUUAUGCUGCACGCCUUUGGCCAUUGAAAAGGUUUGCAGAGAAUGUCUUUACCUUUGAGGCCUUGGAAGUUCCCCGGACAGACACAAUCGUUGGAGACCUUCACGAAGUUCACGUGGCCCUCACAGAGGAGUGCUUGGCACACGACCAGCUGGCAUGGAAGCAGGUGUCUGGUUGGAUGAGUCUGGCCAGCUACGUUGCCGAGUACUCCAUUCUUUCAGUGCCCCGCUCCCUGCUGUCUAGCAUCUGCAGUUCGCUGGGAUUGAAGCACGGCAAGCUCGACUACAAGUCUCGGGUCAAGCUUUUCCUUGAACAUGAGAAGAAGUCAGAGAAGUACAUCAGCGAGAUUUUGGAAGAGCUUCCUGACAAGGAGGCUGACAAAGCAGCAGAUGACAACAGGGAGCCCGACGAAAAACUUGAAGGAGAAACAGACGACGAAGAAGAAAUAAGCCUCAUGGAAGAGAUGGGAGAUGACCCAGCAUCAGAGGCGAACAUGGAAGAAGCACCGACAGAGGCAAGCAACAAUGCUGCCGAGCAGCACAGAGAUGAAGUCGCCGCAGCUGCUGAAGCUGCUCCAUGCCACGACCGGGCUUCCGAGGAUGCUAUCGCACAGGACAUCGACAUGCAGCGGAAGGAGCUCAUAUUUGGCAGCAUUUUAAGCUCUUCUUUGCUUAGGUGGUUUGCUCAUGUCAAAAAAAAUUCAAUUUGGCAUCUAAAACCCCCAACCCUUGCCACAGUAGUGAAGCUGCGAAUACAUCAAAAGUCCUUAAUAAAGCUCUAA